AUGAUAGAGAAAAGAUAUAAUUUGAAAUACUGUUGUGAUGAUAUUUGUGUUUUUCCCAGCAUAACAUUGUUAAAUUAUUACAAUGAUAAAUUUAGUGAGUAUUUUGGUCUAACCGCUAUAUCAACAUAUCAACUUAAAACGAAUAAAGAAGUAAAUAGCGGUGAACAAAAAAAAAAAGGAAAAGUUUAUUUUUAUAGACUUGUGGAGAAUACUAAUGACAACCAAUUGAAAACAGAAAAUGACUAUGUGCUAAGUUAUGAGAAAAAUAUAAACUACCAUAACGGGAUUCUGCAGUCAAGCUACCUGUUCGCAAAUGAUAAUCUAAUACUUGGCAGUAUAUGUGUCAACGGAUUAUAUUUAUCAAACAUAAAGGAGGGAACCUAUGAUAAAAUAUUUACAACUAGUGAUGAAAAAAAUAACUCAGGUCUAUCUUUUGAUGCACUAGAAAACAAGACAGAUAAAAUAUGUAUAUCCUUCAGUAAUGGGGAUAUGUCCUUUCUCUCUGAUGGUAACCCAAUCAACUUAUGGAAAGCCCAUGAAUAUCACGUAUGGUCUUGUGCAUUCACAGGAAAUGAAAAUAUAAUUACUACUGGUUCUGAUGAUUGUUCUUUCAAAGUCUGGGAUAUGAGAUCUAAAAAUUGUUCACAAAAAAAUAAUAGAUCCCAUUCGCAGGGAGUUACAGUAGUCAAGUUUGAGCCUCUCAGCGGGACUUUAUACACGGGCUCGUAUGACAACCGAAUCCGAAUUUUUGACAUGAGAAAUAUCCAGAACCCAUUACAAACAAUUGAUUUAAAAUCGAGCAUAUGGAGAAUUAAAUUUGCAUAUAAAAAUGGAGCUCUAAAUAAAUUACUUGUUGCAAUGUGUGAUGGAGGAGCCCAAAUAAUAAAAAAAAAAGAAAACGAGUACAUUUUCAAAGAAAGUAUAAAUAAUAAUAAUGAGUUAACAUACGGGAUUGAUGCCAUAAAAAUUUUAGACAAAUACAAAAAAAAAAAAAAAAAAAUUUACAUGUCUUGCUCUUUUUAUAAUAAAGAGGCCCAGUUGUGGUAUUAG